AUGGAUGCAUUCGAGGUUUUAGAAGAUAUCGGCGAUGAGGUCGAAAACUCACAGACUGUUGCAGAGAUCCUGGAUCAUUUUUCCUUGCUGGCUCUGGAAAACCUUGAUGAUUCUGAACCCAGUUACCGACAAGGCAGCCUAAAGCGCAAACUUUUUGUCGAUCAAGACGAAAAGCUCAGCAAAAUUGUUGAAGAGGUUUGGUCAGAGCUACAGUGGUGCCAGACGGCCCGCUCCAUCUCUUCCCGUUUCCCUUUCCUCGAUGCCACAAAGCAAGACGCCCUGAAAUCAGCCAUGGAAUGCGGUAAAGUGAAUCAAAUCUUUCUGACAAGGUUCAUACGCAACAAAUGGGAAUCCAUUCGAAAGCAGCAGAAGCCGAAAAACCAACGAGCCGAUACCAAGCACCAACGUCUCUUACAGCUCCAACCCCAUAUGGUGACUUUUCCAAUCUUUAGCGAUCUCAUAGAUAUAUUGCUGGUCAAACUCCUUGACAGCAACUAUGUCGUUCAUCCACUGCGAGAUUAUUCCAAGCAGCUGAAGAUCUUCGGGUCUCGACAUCAUCUCAAAGAUAGAAUUUUGAAGUGCAUAGCGCCUGAAGUGCAUGUUCUUGAGGGAAAGGAAGUCACACGCCGAAGGUAUAUUAUUCAUGCGCGAACAGCAGCAUCAAUUCGAAAGUCUGUCGAACUUCUACUAACCACUGGUGAUGUUAGGCUGGAUAGCAUCCUUGAGAGCCAGAAACCACCAUCUGACUGGCCUUUGGUAGGCGGAUACCUACUUUACAUUACCUCUAUCAUGACCGAAGACUAUUGGAGACCGUAUGUGGGACAGUCAUUCAGACGGGCUCGUCGAAUUCCUGAGCACAUCAGUGAGGUUUCACAAAGCCACAUUCACACACUUUGCUACUGGAUUGCCGCCAAACCCGGGCGGCAACUUAACUUCAUAAGCUUGUGGGAUAUCGAAAAGCAAGAUGGAGACACCCAACAAUCUCUUGAGCUUCUCAACACUCUGCUCGAGAUGAUCUUUAGCCUUGCAUUCGAGUCAUUGCCACUGCCAACACUAAAAACUUUCCUCGGAACAAAGGACUUUUCACUGCGGGGAUUGAAUGUUGUGUCUCCGUUGCUGCAAAACAUCAAACUCUACGCCCACGAAAGAGGCCAAAUUCGAAGUACCCUAAUACUCUCCCCAAGUCAUGAAACUCGGAACUUUGCGAAGGUCAGGUCAGAGGUACUCAAACGUUCUCGAAACCCGAGACGUGAAUCAUCAGUCCUCAAGUUGAACUACCCAACUAUCGAAGAUGCACUUCGCACAGCAAUCCCAAGCUAUAUGUCGUAUGGAUUUCCCAACGAUGACACUAGCAUCAAGGACCCAGGACUCAACGAUGACACAAUAUCUGGCACGAUAUGCGAUGAAGUCACCCAGUAUCUCCAGAAAGAAGAUGUCGAUCGGGACUCAUGGGCAUUCCCACAAGGUUCAUGGCAAGCGCUUAUCAGAUUUGUUCUGGAUUUCGAUAUUAACGCGCUUGCUCCGGACGCUCCGGACGCUCCGGACGGAAAUAAGGAACGUGAUUUACGUGGAAACUUCCCUCCAUUGUUAUCCCGUCUUGGAUUCCACGGAAAAAACAGCCUUGUUUGGUCUUUUGACUUCCAGGCUACGCAUGUUCCUCAACAAUUCACAAUAGCUGGGUCGGAAGAUACGCCAUUGAAAAUGAUCAACCGAAAGAUCAUUGAUGCUUCAAAGCUACAAGCCAUCAUUCUCUGUGGACAAGAUGCCGAGAAAGCCGUUGUCACAUUCUCCUUUGAGGGAAUCACUAUUUCUUUCGGCAAGGUCUCUUUCAAGGCAUUCCUGCAGGUGGAACAAUCGACUGUGCAGCGAGUGUAUCUAAGAGCACCAGCUCCUUUGUCAAAGAUAUGUUCGAACGACUGGAAAGAUGCCAAUCUGGUUGCCACCGUGAUAAAAAUAGCGGCGUGCCUAACCAAAACUGAGCACAUCCACCCAUAUUACUUCCGGUCCCAGAUAGGGCUAUCUGAGAUAGUGCUCGCCAGACUACGUGAGACCCAGGAUGGGAUUACAAUGACUGAAGAGUUAAUCACAGACACAAUGUGGGGUUGGCUGAGUAACAAAGGCUUUGAGAGGUCCGAAAUUUCACUUCUAGAGAAGAUUGGUGGGUCCCUAAGUAGGGGCCUCCUGCUAGCAUUCAUCACUGCACCUUCGCGCGCGGAGAAAAGCCAGCCGCAUGCCUUGAAAAUCCCGCGUGCUGAUCAGCCUUCUUCCAACGAACAUUUUACACAGACUCAACUUGCAAACAUGAGAAAGCUCCAUGAAGAAAAACAGCGCGUUAUGGAGGCAAAGCAUGGGAGUCCCUCCCAAAGUUUCCAGGAAGAACCGGACGAUGACAACCCAAUCAUCCACGAGGAAGCGUUGCAAGGUCAACAGAACAUACAUUUUCUUGUUGAUAAGCUGGCGUUGGAUGCAUGUCAGCACCAAGAGACAGAAUGCGUGGAAUCGGAUCAUGACGAUACUCGCACAGGAACCACCCCUCAAGGAUCUUCUCAGCAACCCAAGAAAAGGAAACAGGACACAGCCCCACCGGAUAAAAAAGGGAAAGAUGUGAGUUGUUCAAUUCGCAUCACCUACCGAUUGCAAAAGCUCAGAUAUUACACCUUGAAGUACAUUGUGGAUUCUGCGAUUCGUCAACUAGCUCCAAUUGGGCAAUGGUACCUCGUUAUGCCCUUCCAGCAUGCAGUGCUCAAUGCAAACAGGGCAUUACAGACCGCAGAGGAAUUGUUGACAAGGAAUCGGAAGCUGUGA